AUGGACAGAGACUUCGCAGCUGAUGCCGUCUUCGGCAACAGCACCGUCAAGGGACGAAGUCUAUCAGCUAGCACUCUGCCUGCCGGCCAGCCAUAUCCGAUGAUAAGCGGGCAGAACGCCUUCGCCGCCGACCAAUUCAUCGACAACUCGACGUUGUGCCUUCCCAGUUCGCUAGACCCUGCCAAGGUGAGAGGCAAGAUAGUUGUGUGUACCAGGGGAGUGAACGGCAGAGUCGAGAAGGGGCUGGUGGUGAAGCAGGCCGGUGGCAUCGGGAUGGUCCUUUGCAACGAUGCCAGUGGCGCCGUUGACAUCAUCGCCGAUCCGCAUCUCAUUCCAGCGGCUCACUGCUCCUACUCACAGUGCGGGGAUCUCUUCAAGUACCUACAGUCCACCCAGUAUGAUAUGAGUUCUAGCAAAACUAAGGACGAACUUGGCGUGAAGCCAGCGCCGGUGAUGGCAGACUUCUCGUCCCGUGGGCCAAACACCAUCACUCCUCAGAUCCUCAAGCCUGACGUUACGGCGCCCGGCGUCGACGUGAUCGCCGCGUACAGCGAGGAAGCUCCGGCAACCGACCUGCCUUUCGAGGACCGCCGUGUCCCCUACAACAUGGUGUCCGGCACCUCCAUGUCAUGUCCCCACGUGGCGGGCGUGGCCGGCCUGAUCAAGGCGAAGUACCCUGACUGGAGCCCCGCGAUGAUCAAGUCGGCGAUCAUGACCACCGCAUUCACCGGAGCCAACGACGAGGGCCAAAUCCGGGACGAGACCGGCGCGGCCACCACCCCGUUCAGCUACGGCUCCGGCCACGUGAACCCCGUCCAAGCCCUGGACCCCGGCCUGGUGUACGACACUACGCCGUACGACUACGCAAACUUCCUCUGCUCCAUGAGGCCGACCCAGACGCAGAACCUGCUCCCCUUGUCGAUCCCCUUGCUCCUCCCUCUGCUCGUCGGCGCCAAUGCCAACCCGUUCCAGUGCAGCAUUGGCGCCUACCGCCCCGAGAACCUCAACUACCCAUCCAUCUCCGCGGCUUGCCUCUCCGGCUCCGGCACCACCACGGUGAAGCGCAGGGUGAGGAACGUGGGCGCGGGGCCGUGGCUCCAGUACAAGGUUACCGUCGUGCAGCCGACUGCGGGGGUCAGGAUCACGGUGCAGCCGAGCACGCUGAGCUUCGGUAAAAUCAACGAGGAGGAGUUCACCGUGAAGCUGGAAGUUUACGACACUGCCCCGGCCGCCGGCUACGUGUUCGGCAGCAUUGAGUGGUCGGACGGGAAGCACCGCGUCCGGAGCCCCGUCGUGGCCACCACCAAGUGCGGGUAA